AUGGAACAAAAGCAGACGAAAAGUGUGCCUUAUGCAUCUGCAGUGGGUAGCUUGAUGUUUGCUCAAGUUUGCACCCGUCUAGACAUAUGUCUAGCAGUUGGAUUAUUGGGUCGUUAUCAAAGUAACUCAGGUCUUCAACAUUGGAUAGCUACAAAGAAGGUGAUGCGUUAUUUGCAAGGAACCAAGGACUACAUGCUAACCUACAGGCAUACAGAGAAUUUGCAAGUGGUUGGCUUUUCAGAUUCAGAUUUUGCUGGUUGUGUAGACACUAGAAAUUCUACUUUUGGAUAUAUCUUUCUCCUUGCUGAGAGAGCUAUAUCUUGGAAGAGUACGGAGCAAUCAAUAGUUGCUACGUCUACUAUGGAGGCAUCAUUGCGUGCUAUGAAACAAUGA